CCUGGCCGAUCCAAGAUGGCGGCGGCGCUGGGGGCGCUGCUGGCGCUGCUCGGUGUGCCGCUGCAGGUGCGCUCCCUGCAGGUGUCGGUGCCCGAGCCCCGCACGGUGGCGCUGCUCUUCCAGCCGGUGCUGCUGCGCUGCCACUUCCAGGUGAGCUCACCUGGCCCCGCCCCCAUCGUCACCUGGAAGUACAAAUCCUUCUGCCCCGACACCUGGGGCUCACCUGGCGCCGCCCGCGACUCACCUGGCGAGGCGGCGGGGGCGUGCCCCGACUCCGCCCGCACCGUGCGCAUCGUGGCCACCAAGCAGGGGGGGCAGGUGACCCUGGGCGACUUCUACCUGGGCCGGCCCGUCACCAUCCGCGGAGGUGAGCGCACCUGGGGCAG